AUGACCACUAAUGAUGAUGUUGGUAAAGAUAAAGGCACAUUGCCAAAGGUUAAUGUAAUUGAAAUAACAUUAAUUGCUUUUGUUGCAAAACACUUGUUAAAUUUAAUUUACAAGUAUCUUGAAAAUUCGUUGAUUACAGCAACUAAUUACGAUAAUCAUAAAUCAACAGUAAUCAAAGACAACCAUAGGAUUUAUUUUUGUCAAACUUUUCAUUCGAGAUUUUUUCCUGUUUAUCAUUCGUUUAGAUAUCCAGUGGUUUUUGCCGGUGUUGAUUUGAAUUUACUUGAAAAAGAAAGAAAAAAUUUUUUGCUUGGUUAUAAUAAUAAGUAUUUAUCAAUCUUUAAUAUUAAAGAUGAUGAUCAUCUUGGACAAAUUAUUGAAGAAUUACCAAAUACAAAUAGUAUAAAUGGUACAAAUGGACAAAGAAAAAUAAUAUCUAUAAAAGAAAAGGCUUUAUGGCAUAUAAGAAAUCAUAACAUCCCAACAGAUGAUAUAAAUCAUAUAGAAUUAAUUACGAUGCCAAGAUUCUUAGGUUAUGCGUUUAAUCCUAUCAGCAUUUUUUAUUGUUAUGAUAAAAAUAAUAAUUUAAAAGUAAUCAUUUUAGAAGUCAGUAAUACAUUUGGCGAAAAACAUUUAUAUGUUUUAAAAAGGGAUCAAAUAAAAGACCAUGAAGCUAAAAAAUUGGGAUAUGAAAUGGGAUUUAUAGUAAAACGUUCAUUUCAUGUGUCUCCAUAUAACGAUCGUAAAGGGAUUUAUAAAGCAUUUUGUAAAGAUCCCCGAUUAUCUGGUCAAGCUAAUCAAGAAAAUAAUAGUCAAGAUAAUGUCCAAGGCAAUAAUGAUGCUAAUAAUGUUAAAGAUGUUUCAGAGAAAUUAAAGAAAUUGCAAUUUCAUAAAAAAUUUAUCGCAGUUUUGACAGGCCAAUCAUAUAACUUGACAAAAAAUAGUUUAUUAUAUGCUAUAAUUACAUAUCCUUUUGAAAUAUUCUUGACAGUACCACGCAUUCUUAAAGAAGCCUAUAAAUUACAUUUUAAAAAACAAUUGGGAAUAUUUCAUCGACCUAUACCAUUUGAAGAAACUAUUGUAAAACUAGAACCAAAAUUGAUUGAUUCGUAUGCAAAGGAUUUAGUCGUCAAGUAUUUGAACAAUCUUAUUUCCAAAUUCCCAGAACCAAUCAAAAUUACCAUUCAUCUACCUUCUACAAAUACCCAACAUCCAAUCAAACUUUACCCUCCAAAUAACAAUGAUUCUGCUGCUAUUCAUAAAGAAAUCAUCUUAAAACUACACGAUUAUUCAUUUUUCACAGAUAUUUUAAUCAAUCAAAACUUAUUCCGUGCAUUAAUAAUUGGAUAUUUUAAGAAGUCUUGGGAUUGCAAUGAUUUAUCAUUACUGUUCCAAUUUUUCUUUAAUUUUUCGAACAAUAAAUUCAACUGCAUCAACACAACAAUUAGUGAUAAUAAAUAUCAAAAUUGGGUAAAUUUAAUAAGAGACUGGUAUUGGAAACGUAUUUUUACCAGUGAUUGGUAUGGUGGUCAUGAAGCAAAAAAAGAAUUUAAUCGAAUUUUAUUAAAUGAUUAUAAUAUACCUUUAUUAAAUAAUAUUUUUUUUUAUGAUACGAUUGGAUCAGCAAAUACAAAAACUACAAAUAUUAUCAAGAAACAAAUUCACUUAUUUCCAUUUCCAUCUCCAAAAUAUCAUCAUCACCAUUCAUCGAUAAUAAAAAAUUCUAUUGAUAAAAUGAUUUUAUCAGAUUCAAAGAAUACUCUUAAAUUAAAAUAUUGUUUGAUGAUCGGUUAUAUGAUAAUAACAUCUCAGUUAAAUGCAUUUUUUUGGCAAUUGAUAACAAGCUUUGUUGACGGUCCAAACGGAAAUCCUUUUUUGAUCGAAAAAUGGAUAUGGGAAGGUAUCGUCGAUUUGUUGAAGAGAAGUGAUAAUGAUAUGGAUGAUAAAAAUAUUAAUUUGUUAAAUGAGUGGAAAGUAGUUUAUGAAAAACAAG